AUGACUUAUGAAUUAGCGAGAACGCACUGCGGGAACCUUGGAGGCUACUUGGCAUUUCCAAUGGACGACCAAGAAAACUCGUUCAUCAGACAGCUGGUGAAGGCUCAGUACGCGUGGCUGGGAGGAGACAUGAUAGGUCGCAACGGCACGUUCUUGACCAGCGGCAGCGCGCCCGAGGGAGCUCGUCCAAUCCGUCAAACUUUUUGGAACACUGGUGAACCGAACAACCCAAUUAAUGAACAAUGCAUAAUGAUGAUCGGCAGCGGUAAGUGGAAUGACGGAAGCUGUGGUUCGAGUUACAACUUCGUGUGUCAGUUUCCCUACGCGGGUGCAUGCAUGUGGCUUCCUCAUCCUGCCUUCCACGACCUUCAGUGCUACAGAAAAGCUUGA